GCAGUCUCGUGUCGCAGUCGCAGAGCGUGGCACACUCGCGCCGCCACAGUCGUCAGGAGGAGCGGGGCGUUGAUUCGCAUUACGCUUCUCACGCCGCCGGAGAGCUCUUUACGAGGUCGGCGAAGGCCAGGCCAGUCGAAACCCCGGUGAAAGACAAAGUUUCUGAGUAAACAGUGCAAAAAAAUGUGGGCGUGCUUAGCGGCUUGAAAAAAGGAACUUCCUCUUUCACCUGAUCUUCCAAGACAUCAGAUUAUAUAUUUUAAUUUAUUCAUCAUUGCAAUUGAUGUUUUAUUUGACGCAGAACAAGUAUGGUAUUUAUACAACUAAAACCCACGACGCAAAGAACACAGUUAUCACGAUGUUUAGAUAUAAUUCUUAACAUAUUUUGCUUGAGUUUACGCUUCUGAUGGUGAACCGUUGUCCGUCACCAAAAGAAAGAAAAAGGAAAAAGAAAAGACAGACGAACAUAAAUCUAAUAACUUUCCCCACAUACAAGAAUAAGAACAAAAGUGUUGAAAAACUAUAUAAAAAAGAACAAAACAAAUCAGUUUAGAAGUCAUCAAUCACCCUUUCCGACCCCCCCCCCCACACACCCCCGCAUCCCGCCCCCACCCCCACACACGAGGAAACAAGGAGGCAACCACGAGCAAAAUCCAAGAUGGCGGCCCUGAGUGUUCGUACCAGGUUCGGCUACGGCGUGGGCCACGUGCUCAACGACCUGUGCUCGGCCAUGUGGUUCACGUACCUGCUCAUCUACUUCCACCACGUGCUCCUCUUCAACAACUCGCUGGCGGGGGUCGUGCUGCUGAUCGGCCAGGUUGCAGAUGCCCUCUCGACGCCCUUCGUGGGGAAGGAAGCAGACCGCACGGACGACCUGCCCUUCUGCACGCGCUACGGACGGAGGAAAUCGUGGCAUUUAACGGGUACAAUAUGCGUGCUGUGUGCCUUUCCGUUCAUCUUCCUGGGGUGUCUCGGGUGCAGCGAGGCCAGCGACUGGGCGCAGGUGAUCUACUACGCCCCGUUCGUGGUCAUCUUCCAGUUCGGUUGGGCGUCCACGCAGAUCAGCCACCUGGCGCUCAUCCCCAACAUCACGCAGGAUCCCAACGACCGAACGGAGCUCAAUGCCAUCAGAUACGCGUUCACAGUGGCGUCAAACAUCACGGUCUACCUCGUGACGUGGUUGGUCCUGGGGCUCGAAUCGCAAGGCUCUGAGGCAGGCAUUGGGCCCAGGGACAUCAACAAGUUCAGAUUCUACCAAGUGGCUUUCCUCUACAUGGGGACAAGGCUUUUCUGCAACCUGACACAGGCUUACAUCCCCAUAUACCUGCAAGAUUCCCUGCACCUGUCAGAGGAAUCUGUGGCGUACAUCCCUCUUGUCAUGUACGUGGCAGGGUUCCUCACCACCAUGAUUCUUAAAGCUCUCAAUAAGUUCAUUGGAAGAAAGGCGUCCUUCAUCCUAGGCGCCCUCAUAGGCGGAGGAGCCUGCAUCGGCAUCUGGCUUGGAGAGGGUGAGAUCUACUGCAAGUACAUCCUGUAUGUGGUGACAGCCUUGCUAGGGGCAGGAGGCUCUAUCAUGCUGAUCACGUCCCUUUCCAUCACGGCAGACCUCAUUGGCCCAAAUAUUGAGUCAGGAGCUUUUGUCUAUGGGGCCAUGAGCUUCACAGACAAGCUCUCUAAUGGGGUGGCCGUCAUGCUAAUCCAGAACCUGAAUCCCUGCACCACAAACCCCAUUAGAGCAUGUUGUCCAUUGUGCUCUCAAUAUUACCGCAAUAUCCUCUUCUACUGCUGUGGCGGAGCUGCAGUCCUCGCCCUCCUGGCAGUCCUCACUCUCCUGCCUGCCAAAAUAGGUGACCGCUCGAAAGGAAACUCAGCCACACCCAUAGCCAACUCAAGCAAUAGAGAAACAGAGGAAAACACCGAGGGGAAUGCACCUGCUUGCAUCAGAGCAGACAUGAGCACAGUAGCGUGUGUAGGGCCUGCAGUCAGUACAAUGGCAGCAGCUGGAGUUGGACCAGGAAUGGGUGUUUGUGGUGACAGCACUUGCUCAGCACAAGGUGAAGGUAAGGAGUCGGAAAAAGCAUCAUCAAACACUAAGGAUGCACUCAUAGGGAAAGGUCCUUCUUGUGCCAAAGUUAGCACAGUAGCAUGUGUAGGGCCUGCCAUUAGCAUGAUGUCAGCUGCAGGGGUUGGGCCUGGCAUGUGUGCGUGUGGUGAUAAAAUAACUGCUGCAACGGGAGGUGGAGAAUACACAGCUGUCCCAAACUCAGUUGUGAGGGUUAGAGUGCGGACACACUCAGUAAGCAGUGAUGAAAGUGAUAAUGUCUCCAGAGCUUAAGGAAUUUAUUUAAUAUGAAUAUGCUUGACACUGUGAUGAAUUUCAUAAUUGUACUUUUAAGAAUGUGAUCAAUAUCAUGUGUGUAUAAAAUGAAAUGUAUUUUGACAUUUGUACUUCAGUCAUCCCCUGCUUAAGGUCUGCCACUGUUGAUUUGCACUAAUGUCUGGUCUAUCUAGCAAAAUCAUGUUCUGUGGCUUCCAGAUGCAAUGCAAAUUGUGCUGUUUGCACUACUACAGUCAUAACCAUGUCAUGAAACACUUCACCUGCUCAUAGGUUUCAAAGAUAGCAGUAAAGUGUUGAUUUGAGUUGCAUUCUUUAUCAAUAUGACAUGGUCUUUGCAAAAUGAUCAAACCCAGAACAUAUUAGGAACUUUAAGUGGGGGAUUCCUUUAUUAGCACAUGCCAAUGUGUUGUACAGGGAUAGUACUGUAAUGAAUGGGAACAAAGUGUUCUACCCAUAUACCCAAGUAUCUUGUUUUUUUUGUGAGGAAGAUUUUUUAUCCUGUACAAGAGACUAUAAAUUUUAUUAUAUUUGAUGAGAUAUAUUUUUAUAAUGAAAGUGUUUUGGGGUAUUUUAGGCACUUUACUUAUUGAGAAUGUUAUCUCGCUGUCCAAUUAUUCCUUCUGUGCAGUAAUAGGGCUUUGGACCAAUUGAUAUUAAAAUCCCGAAGGUUAGGAGUGGCAUUUUUUGGUAAUGAUUGAGAUUGAUUAGUUACUUGUAUUCAUAUUUUGCUCUGUGCUGCUGCUAUUGUUUUUUUUCUUUUUGGGGGGAGGCAGGAGAUGACUCGCUUAUGGUGCCAGCCACUAGGAAAAUUAACUGCAGCUUUCAAAGAGUUAAGCUACAAGAAUUGAAAAGUAUGUACUAAAUUUAUAAAAAGAAAUUGCUGAUGAAUAAUAGAAGUGAGAUGGGUUUUAUGCUGUGUGUUUUUUUUUUUUUUUUUUUUUUUUUUUCUUAUAAUAAUUACUGUUCUUUUGAUUGAUGUGAUUUGUAGCACUACAAAGGUAGAAACAGAAACCUUGUUUUUCAGAUUAUUAUUAUUUUUUUCCCCAUCAUAUCUUACUCCUUUUCCUCUUCUUCAUGCUUAAAAAUUUAUGUAGACACCAUUUUUAUUAUAUAUAAUAUGAAUGAAAUUUAUAACUUAAUAUAUAAAAUGAUAAAGAAUAUGUAAUCUAAUAUAUUUAAUAUGAAUUUAUGAGCAUUUAGACAUGAUAAAGAAGUUUUUCUUGUAAUGUAUGAUAAUUUAUUGGUAGUUAUUUUCAAAUUAUUAGUUGAUCUGAUUAACCUCUUUGCAACAUGUAAUAAAAAGAUAAAUAUAGCCGUGCCAUUUUGCAUCAUUCGCUCAUGAAAAAAGGAUUCAGCUGUCCUGCAACCUCCCCCUGUCUUCCACCCCACUAGUUGCUGUGUUUAUUUAUUUUGUGAUAAACGAUCUAGACAAAUUAUUGUACCGUUGAUUCUAGAUGUGAUAGGGAUAUGUAGAGAUUAAACUGGAGUUUAUUCCUGAUGGUACAGUGUGGUUGUGUUUUAUCUGUAUUUUUAUAGACCUGUAUUUUCCCUCGUUUUUGUUAAGGGAUUUUGAUAUUUGUAGAUGCAGAGAGAUAUUUUUCACACUGGUCAGAUUGUAUAGACAUUGUGGGUUGACUGUGAUAUUUUGCAAGUUACAGAAAAAACUGGAAUUCCUGUAAUAUUGUAAGUUGUGAGAUUAUGGGAUCUGUUUAAGAAAUUUAUAUUGGAAUUAUUAUGAUUUUGAACAAAGGAUCAGAGGUUGUAUUGAUGUCUGUUACUUAAUCUUCAGUCUUAUAUGAUAUAUACAAUAGGUUACUCAAUUACUAUAAUCACUUUCUGUGUCUGUUAAGUAAGUGUGUGCAUGUAUGUGUGUAUGUACAAAAGUGUGUGAGAGCAAGUGAGUGAGUGAGUGAGUGAGUGAGUGCGUGAGUGAGUGAGUGAGUGAGUGAGUGAGUGCGUACAUAUGUGUGUGCAUGGGUGUGUGUGUGUAUGAUUAAACCAAGUUGCUCAUGUAACCAUGUUAUUGCGCGUGAUCAUUCUACGUGAUUAGAAAGAAAUGAUACGUGGAGUACAAAGUCUGUCAUGAUGGUGGCUUGCAUGAAUGUAUGAAAAAGUGAUGAUGGGAUAUAAAUUUCCACUGUAUGUGUAUACUUUCUUUAUAGAGGGAAAUCUUAUCAUAGGUUAUUACUCUUUCACUUGAUAACUAAGCAGGUGAUAUGGGGUUGACAAAAAAUCACUUUAUUCACAAUAUGAAAAUAAGUUAUUUGAGUAGUAAACUUAAUGGCUGGCUUAAAUAUAUUCCGCUAGUAAUUAAGCCAAGGCAUUCCUUAACUUUGAAAUUAUACACCUGUGAUUACUAUAGGAAUAAAAGGGUUGUAUUAGCCUAAUAUAACAGGAUUUGAAUUUUCUACGGAGAGAUGUAAGAGUAAAUAGUGAUAUCAGCUUAUAUGCAAAUCUGUUAUUUUUAGGAAACUACACUUAUAUGCCUUAAGGACUUUUGGGUUAUCCGAAGAAUGCUUUUAAUUUCAGAAGUGAAAAUUUGCAAAAAGUCCUUACAUUCUUCUGGUUGUUAAGUAUAGAUUUGUAAUGAGAAGAAAAAACAAUUAUAUUAUACAUAUUUUUUUAUGCUUUUAUUAAUUCCUGUUUUUUUAUAUAUACUCUAAUGUGUAUGUAUAUGAAUUCAAGAUUUCCCAACACUUCUUUUUUACAAAGAAUAAUAGAUGAUAUUUAUCAGAUUAAAAUGAUAUUGAGCAAUA